CCUUAACCUUCGCAAGAAAAACACAUGGCCGUCCCCUCUAUAGUUUUGUAGGUGACAGUAGUGCGGUGCUUAUGAGGUGACUUAAAUCUGAGCUCUGCCUUAAUACGCUGUUCUAGAUAUGUAUAAUUUUAGCAGCAAGCUCUGCACGGUGGCAGGAGCCGCUUGCCAGCGGAUCGCGGCGUCACUCAACCCAGGAAGCAGAGCAGUCAGUGCCGGCGUGAGCCGCGCUCUCGCCUCCAGCGCGGCCAGACUCCAGGAGGCCGCCGAGACCAGCGCAUCCCCGCAGGGCUCGGGAGAGUUCAGUGUCUGUCCUCCGCUCCCUGGGCAGGACAGCCCCUUGAGAUGGGGAGGAAAGAAGUUUGAGGAGCUGCCCAUCGCACACAUCAAAGCCACCUACAACAACACGCACAUCCAGGUCACAGACCACCAAGGCCAGUACACGGUCCGGACGUCCUGUGGCACGGAGGGUUUCCGAAAUGUCAAGAAGGGGACGCCCAUCGCGGCUCAGACUGCUGGGAUAUCGGCUGCAGCGAAGGCGCGAGCUAAAGGAGUGGCGUUCGUGCGGGUGGUCGUGAAGGGUCUGGGACCGGGGCGCAUGUCGGCCAUCAAAGGGUUAACGAUGGGCGGGCUGGAGGUCGUGUCCAUCACAGACAACACCCCCGUCCCCCACAACGGCUGCCGCCCACGCAAGGUGCGGAGGAUGUGAGGCCGGACCCCGCCAGCUGCCUGAACGAAUAAACUGGGGUUCUCUUGAUUUAAGAUCCUUCUUCUCUGGACUGUGAAAAGCAUGCUGAUGAUUAGAUUAGUACACAAACCUUUCAAGCGUUCUCUCACACCAGUGCGUCAGUUCACAGGGGAAUAAACCAAAUUCCAGUUAGUUUCGGGGAAGAGCAGAGCGCUCCCGUGGCAGAGCGGCGAGCUGUGUUUCUGGUUUCGAGAGCUGCGGGUGUUUGUGCGCAAGCCCACAGCAGGUGCUGGGUAUGGAAGCUUUGCUACCUUAUUGUGAAUAAAUCUGCAGGGACAGACAUGUGAAACUGGUUUUCUGCUUCAUCGGUUUGAUUUUUACAAGAUCUUGUAGCUCAUGAGACCUGAAAUGGAUAAGCUGCUGUCCGUCUGGAUUUAUUUUCCCAGCAUUUCCAUGUGACAGAGUGAUCACUCACCUGAGAGAGACAUUUUUAUGGAUUUGUCCUGCCAAAUCCCCAGUCAUUCAUGCCUGUUGGAUGUCAGGGUUGGGAUUGCGGAUUGCGGUUACACAUGCAGUGUUCUAGGGAAAAGAAUUCAGCUGGAUGUGACCAAGGGAGUGGGGGGAUCACGGUGUCCCCCAGUCCUUCCAAGGGCAGGAUUCCCAGACUCCCCAGGAAUAAAAUGAAUUUUGAAAGGCUGGAUGUAUUUCACAGCACUUCUCACUUAAA